CCUCUUGAUUACACACCUCGACGACUUUGCCAGAGCAAGGAGCAUUGGAACUUGUCUUUUGGAAUCAUCUACCUGUUGUGCUGCACAUCUACAUCUUACUGACACUUAACUAGGUGAACAUGGGAAACAGAAUAUCCAAAUUUCUCUUCCAAUCGCCUUUGAAGAGUAUGAAGUUGAUUUGGAAUGGCUUGAAAUCUGUUUUUUUGGCAAAAGAUCUAUCUUGUGAACAAGAAUCUGGUGCUGAUCAGGAUGGGAUAGAGCUGAAUUCCAGAUCUGUUUUAAAAGGACCUCACAAUGCUCCACUGAGAGAACCCUUGCUCAUCACAAAGCCAUUGUUUGUGCCUAAUAUGACUGGGUCAUUUCGAUGGGCAGCUUAUGGCCUGCCAAAUGAAGAUCCUAAGUCAGCACCUCGUGCUCUAAUAGGACCUGCUCCUAAAAAGAGCCAGCCCAAUGAUACCAUCAUCACUGCUUUGACUGAGAUGUUACGGUUUAUUCUUUUCUUUUUCUUUUCUUACGCAUUCACGCUUACUCUAUGCUGCUGCGGUGCUGCGAUCCUGAUCGGACAUUCUCACGACACUAUUUUUAGUCUACGCAACGUGUAUUUAAGUAGAGCCUCAGCUGGUCUAAACCCCAGCUUCGGCUAAGGUUUAUUCUACCUAACAUCGAACUCCGUU